AGGACUUUUGUCGUGGAAACCAGAAGAAUAGAAAGAUCACAAUGAGCAACAGUGGACAAGUGAGAAUGCAAAGACAUGGUAGAGCUUUUUCUAGGAGCAUCACCUCCUCUACUUCACUGUUCUUCUUAUCCUCCUAUUCCUCGGGGAGUGUCAGGGAGAACAUUGUUGAAGUGCUCACUGGAGCUUCCAAGUAAGGUUUUGACUAAGCAUGUCUUAUCUGGGCUUGCUGCUUCCUUGAUAAUUAUUUCUCCAACAAAUCAGUCUCUAGCAGCAGAUCUAUCUCGUGAUCAUAAUAAUAUAUGCCAGCUUGCCAGUGCCGGUGAUAAUGCAGUUACACAACUGUUUGAGAACGAGUCUAAUGAAAAAAGUGCAAAUCAAAUGAUGAUGAGAGGUAUGACUGCCAAGAAUUUUGACCCUGUCAGAUAUUCAGGGAGAUGGUUUGAAGUUGCUUCGCUCAAACGUGGAUUUGCUGGACAAGGUCAAGAAGACUGUCAUUGCACUCAGGGUGUAUAUACAUUUGAUAGGGAAGCACCUGCUAUCCAAGUUGAUACUUUCUGUUUCCAUGGAGGCCCUGAUGGAUAUAUAACUGGAAUUAGGGGAAGGGUUCAAUGUGUUUCACAGGAAAAUUUGGAGAAAAAUGAGACGGAGCUGGAGAAGCAGGAAAUGAUCAAAGAAAAAUGCUUUCUCCGCUUUCCUACGUUGCCAUUCAUUCCCAAGUUACCUUAUGAUGUGAUUGCCACUGAUUAUGACAACUUUGCUCUUGUUUCAGGGGCUAAGGACAGAGGUUUUGUCCAGAUAUACUCAAGGACACCUAACCCUGGAACUGAAUUUAUAGAGAGGAACAAGGCUUACCUUGAAAACUUUGGAUAUGAUCCAAGCAAAAUUAAAGACACACCACAGGAUUGUGAAGUAUCUGAUAGCAAGUUGUCAGCUAUGAUGUCUAUGUCAGGAAUGCAGCAGGCACUAACAAACCAGUUUCCUGAUAUAGGACUGAAAGCCCCUAUUGAAUUUAAUCCUUUCACAAGUGUAUUUGACACUUUCAAGAAGCUUGUUGAGCUUUAUUUUAAACGGUAACUCGUAACUAUAGGCCAAAUAAGUUGCAUCAUGUUGCGUUGAGAAACUUCCUAAUGCAUUCUUGUUGCUAAAUCCUUGAUAGCAGCAUCUGUAUAGAUGUAUAUGGUGAAAUCCUGUCAUGUCUUUUUAUGAAUUCAGUCUUAACUGUGUUUACAUUUUGAUCA